GCCAGAGCAGCCCGUCGUACCUGAUGGUAGGAGGCGGUAGUCCCCGCUUCCCUUCCGUGGGCGGGACAGUUAGCCACAGAAGAAGACACCAUGAAAGAUACUGAUAUCAAGAAACUACUGUAUGCCCAUCUUUUAUGCAUAUUUUCAAUUAUCCUAAGUGUCUUGAUUCCACCAUUAUUCUUGGAGAACUUCUCAAUAUUGGAAACACACUUGACAUGGUUGUGCAUCUGUUCUGGUGUUGUGACUGCUGUCAAUCUAGUAUUAUAUUUAGUAGUGAAACCAAAUACAUCCUCUAAAAGAAGUUCAUUAUCACACAAGGUAACCAGAGUUUUGAAAUGCUGUAUCUACUUUCUUAUGUCGUGUUUCAUCUUUCAUGUAAUUUUUGUUCUGUAUGGAGCACCACUAAUAGAGUUGGUGUUGGAAACAUUUUUAUUUGCGGUUAUCUUGUCUACUUUUACUACUGUACCUUGUUUAUGUUUAUUAGGACCAAGGCUCAAAGCAUGGCUAAGAGUUUUCAGUAGAAAUGGAGUUACAUCCAUUUGGGAGAAUAGCCUCCAGAUCACUACAAUUUCUAGUUUAGUAGGAGCAUGGCUUGGAGCAUUUCCUAUUCCGCUGGAUUGGGAAAGACCAUGGCAGGUAUGGCCCAUCUCCUGUACACUUGGAGCAACCUUUGGCUACGUGGCAGGCCUUCUUAUUUCACCACUGUGGAUAUACUGGAAUAGAAAGCAACUUUCAUACAAGAACAAUUAAUUGGAGCAAAGGGAGAAGAUAUUUCUUUGUGCAGAUUCCAUAUGGGCUGUGCGGAAAUGUAUAUGGUCAAAGGCAAGCAGUUCCAUUUACAGCACUGUUUUUUAUGUGGUUACGUGAUGUGAUUGUAGCUUUUUAAACUAUGAAACCCCUGAGAGAUUGUACCUUCUAGUUGAAAUAAAGUAUUUAUAAUAGAUUGUGGCUUCA